AAACUCAACUACGAAGUCUUCUCUGAUCAAAGGCUGCACCGCCGUGCGAUGAGUGCUACGGUAACCUGCUGACAGAGGUGAUGGAGUUGGCAGCGAUGAGCGACAACCUGACCACUGUGGUGCAGAGCCUCUACAACCACAGCCUCGUGUCCGACCUGCCGCGGUUCAGGUCACGCAUGCGUGACGCCGGUAACACGAUCACACUGCUCGUGAGAAACUUGAGGAAUGCAGAGUCGGUGAAUGACGAAGUAUUCUCUACUGUGCUGGAGCUUAAUGACACACUAGAGGAGCUGACUGAAGCCAUGCUUGAACAAGUGCCUUUACUGGAUGAGAUCAAUGGGACAUUGGUGGUCAUGGAGAAUGUAACAGGGCAGGCCAUGGACAUGAUGUCUGAAACCAACACCACACUCUACAAGGUGUUCCAGUUGCUUAGAGGCUCCAUUAUUCAGCUGGAUACGCGCAUACAAAAUCUUGUUAACGACCUGCAUGACAAAGAACAUCUGGUGUUGCUUCUAGCGAGGGACACGAUAACCAAGCUGAAUGGUCUGGCGAAUGUGACACAACUACUGCAGAACCAAACUAUGCAGGCUGCUCAGCUCAUAGAGUCUGGUGCCCAACUGCUUAAGAGUACUCAAGAAAAGCAGCGCAACAACACUCUACAAGUGGAGGAUCUGCAGAAACUCUUAGAGCAACUUCGCGACCUCAAUAGGACGCUAUACGAAGCAGCAACGCGUACGCGUGUGGACACGAACACUGUCAGGGCGACCAUCGAUGUGAUAUUUAGCAAAGUGUUAAGCACGGAGAUUAGCCAAGACAGCCACUCUGCUCUCGUUAACGAUGCAAUUAGACUCAAACAGGCUGCACAGACAUUGCUCCAGAAGAGUGUCAUGCAAACAACAAAAGCUCACCUUCUGUCGACUGAAGUACGGACAGCACAAGGAGAAACGAGCCGAUUUCAAGACUUUGUCUCCUUAGUGCAGGUGUAA